GGGACACCACGAGCGUAGCUCUCAUCCUGUAACUACACUUAGGUAAUCUCUCUCACACACACACACACACACACAGAGGAAGGCAUGAACGGUCUAAGCUACGUAUACAGAUUAUAUCAAUCAGCAAGAAAUAACGAGAAAUAACGAGAUGCCAACGAAACACAGAUGAUGGGGGGAGAGAGAGAGAGAGAGAAGCACACAGGAAGAGAGAGCGAGAGAGAAAGAGCUUGGCGGUAUAAAUGGAGGUGGGAGGCGUCAAGAACCGCACUCUGUACUGCAACACGGCCCAACCACCACCACCACCUUCACUAGCACACAGCUGCUCUGUGGGCCCCUGGCAGCGGUCGGUAACCCAGCAGCAGAAGCCCGGUACACCGUCCCCGGCUGCAGACACGAGCAGACGUCUCUCCUGGACCGCGGACUUGAACUUGAACUUAGUGAGCGGCUGCUUCUUGAGCCGGGUGUUUUCCUUUCACGAACGCUAACCAACCAGCUGUAAAAUCCAGGCGGAGACAGCUUUUAAGUUGCUCAAUAUACAUUCGCUGAAAAAUCGUUACUAUUAAGGUCUAAAUCGAGCCGGGUGGCCCCGAAAGAGAGGGAGGGAGGAAGUGCCCGACUUUCUAAGGUAACGGCAGAGUGGUGGUGGUGGGAGCGGCGGAGACUUCAACGACAGCACCGGUAGUGAGCACAGUCUAGUGUCGACCACACUCUACCCCGCCACCAUGAACCUUCUCCUCCUCCUGCCCUUCCUCUGCGGGGUGACUGCGUCGAAGGGCUCCCGAGGCUGUACCCAGGUCUGCCCUCAGGAAAUCAAGCCGGUGUGUGGCAGCGAUGGCGUCCUCUACCCCAGCAUCUGCCAUAUGAAGAAGGACAACUGUGAUAAAGACGUAUACGUGGUGCCAGACAGUCGGUGCCUGAGAGCACAGGGAGGCACCUGCGACCACAGGUGCACAAACACGUACGACCCCGUCUGCGCCUCCGACGGCCGCACCUAUGUCAACCUCUGUAUCCAGCGCGUCGAAAACUGCAGGUCCGGUGUGAAGUUUGCCCACUACGGUACUUGCUUGGGCGACGUCAACUCCACCAGCUCCUGUCCCACUGACUGCUCCUCGGCGCCCUUGGACGGACCCAUCUGCGGUUCUGACGGCAACGUCUACAACUGUACGUGCGACUUUCAGUACAGGACCUGUGGGCAGAGGGUGGCGCGGACGUCGUACAAGCACUGCCAGACUACCAAACACUGCCAAGAUGUGUGUUUCUAUUCCUUCAAGGCUGUGUGCGGCUCCGACGGACGUAUCUACAACAACAAGUGUCAGUUGAGGACAAGGAACUGUGGACGUCACAUCUACCAGCUGCCGAUGGGUGACUGCCGCCCCCAGGAGAGGAAAACCGGAGGGUGCCCGGUGUCGUGCGACGGGGAGAAGUUGGCGCCCGUCUGCGGCUCCAACGGCAACAUCUAUGACAACGAGUGUGACAUGCGUCGCCUCACAUGUGGGUCACGAGGUGCCGGUGCUGUGUACGAGGUGGACAUGGCUAAGUGCCUCAAGAGGAAUGUAAAGUGUGCCAAGAUGACAUGCCCUCCCAAUGUUGAUGAUCCUGUUUGUGGCACUGAUAGCACCACCUAUGACAACUACUGCCUUCUACACAUUGCCAACUGCAAGAAAGGUGUAGAGUUAGCUCAUCAUGGUAGAUGCUUCAGCAAUGACGAAGAGGACUGCCCCAAGGAGUGCCCAACCUCCAAGACAGAAGAGUACCCUAUCUGUGGCUCAGAUGGCAAUGCCUACUCCUCAUACUGUGAAAUGCGAAGAAGGACUUGCAAACAAAGAGUGGUACCCGUGGCACUCCAUCACUGCAAGGCCACCAAGGACUGCUUCAUGUCCUGCGAGAGUAGUGAUGAUGUUGCUGUCUGUGCCUCUGACAAGAAGAUAUACCGCAAUGAAUGUGAAAUGAAGACCAGGAACUGUGGGAAGCAUGUGUAUCCUGUGCCCAUGGAUAGGUGCCUCUCUGGAUUCACCUUCUUCAGCUGCCGGAGAAUGUGCUCUGCCACGUAUGACCCUGUAUGUGGCACUGACGGCAAGACCUACAGCAACGACUGCUUCCUCCAGAUGGAGAACUGUCAUUCCCGCAGCCUGGGUCGCAGCCUGGUCACCCGCAUCUACCAUGGCAAAUGUGGCCAGCCCAUCCCGCAAGCCAAGCUCUAUAUGUUUAGAUAAAUCUUUUAGUUUCUCUCGAGAGUUUUAGAUCGGCUAAAAAGAUUCAUAUUUUGCUGGCUUUUUGUAGUUCUUUUAAGACCGCUGUGUGUCUGGUUUAUUUCCUUCCAGCACUGUGUAUCUGAGGAGAGACCUCAUGCAAAGCCCUUGAACUAUGUAACAGAAUUAGACAUAACGAAUCCAUCUGUAAAAAAACAUGAAACUAGUUUGCCCAAGAGAAAUGUAUACAAUUUGGUCUAAGAUCCUAAUAAAAUGAAAGAAGCUUAGCGAGAAUACAAACUUACGCUUUAUAUAAAUUAUGAAUGCAAUAAAUUGGUAUAAUAGAUAUUAUGUAGUAUAGUACAUCAUUUUCAUGCUAUUGCAAGUAGACACGCAUGCGCAUGCACCCACAGGAGGCUAUUGCAACUGUUACUUUAGUAGAGUCCUUUCUGUAGGUUGAUGCUGAGCUUAGUAUUUAAGUAACCUCCCUUAUUAAUCAUUAAGAAUUAUGCUUAAGAUGUUUAUUACUACAAAACAGACAAAGAAUAUAUAAACAUAUCAUACAUGCCAGGAAUUGAAUAUCAUUUGUAAAUAAUAAUCUAGAAACUGACAGUAUUACACGAGGGAAGAUAAUUCUUGUUAACUAAUGAUAUAAGGAUUAAGUUUAAUAAACCUAAACAUCACACAUGAAAGCUUUCUUAACAUUACAAAAAUAUAUCAGCACAUGGACACAUACAUGCAACAACACUUCCACAUUAAACUUUGUGGUUAUUUAAGCAAGCAGGUUAAUAAAUGGAACAGACUAAAAUAUACAGUACAUUACAGGGUACUUCAAUAUAUAUUAGGGGAACCAUCAUUACACAAUUUACCACAAUGUGUGGCUACAUUGGGCAGUGCACGACUUCAGUACAGAUCAACACUACUUGACACGAAUAUGAAUUGGCACUGCUUAAGACAUUAGCUGACAACACUUGACUAUAGAUCAACACAACAAGACUUGUACAUAAUGUAUAAUUGUCAGAUUAACACAUAUAGGUCAACAGUGAAUGAAUAUCUACUUUAUACAGCAAAUAAAUACGUUGGUUAUAUUUGUUGCUCAAACAGGCCAUGGCAUAGAUAUAGUGCACGACUAUAUCAAGCCAGCUGCCUUUGGCUUGAGACAUAGGUCAAUAACUCUUAAUCUGGACAUGGGUAGACUGUACUUGAUAUGAAAAACAGACAUUACUUGACAUGUGAAGACAGGCAAUACUUGAUGUGUGAAGACAGUCGUUAAACAAGAUACAAAAGACAAAGACUACUAACACUUCCCAAGGCUAUGGUUAUAUUGCUCUACCUGCAGUUGCCACGAUCUUCAUUCUUAGUAACUACCAAAAACAAAAGACAUUCAUGACAUUUUAAUUCCAGUUCAGUAGUUACCAAGUUAUAAAUCGUUAACAUCUAUAAGGUUAACACAGCUGCCAAUUUGGCCUCAUGCCUGCUUAUAUGCUCAUGCGUGUUUGACCUAAGGUGCAUAGUAUGGGGAGGGAAAUAGUUUAAUUUCUUAUGAGUAUUGUCUUCUUUGCUAGUGGUCAGGUUGUAGGCAUGUAUAUACACAUGCCAUAAGCAAACAAUUUACUCUAGUUCAUGACCAUUGCUGCUCUUGUCAGCUUUAGAAUUUCAGUGUUUCAUACAUCUUAAGCUGAGCUAUGAAGUUUUCAUAUCAGUGAAGCCAACUAGAUCUUAAUUGUAGGAAAUUCUUCCUAUCAUAACUAUUUAUGGUUGACAAAUUUUCUCCACAUAAAGAGGACAUAACUUUCUGCUACAAAGUUUCCUGCUAAUGCCACAGUCCAAGACAAGAGACUUAAUGCUUACUUUGUAUUAAAAAAAUGGUAUUACUUUUCAUGAAUUGAAUAUUCUAUGCAGAGAGUCCUAGUGCAUCUCGCCAAGGACUAGCCAAGGACCAGGGACAGGCAUCUUCCAAGAACACUAAACCUGCUCUGUGAUUAUCUUUCAAUGAUUUCUUGCUCUGAAAACAUGGUGAAAUGCUUCAAUUUAUUUUUUUUAUUUUCGGCUAUCAAAAUUAUUUCUAAAUAUAUUUAACUCGCUUCAUCAUCAUAUCUUACAUUAAGCUUUUGUACAGCGCAUUGUUAUUUACUGUGUAAGCUGAGGUAAUUUUUGGCAAGAGCCUGAUCUUGAAUUCUUCAUUGGCCAGUUGAUGGCAUUUUUUAAAUAAAUUUGCCUCGUUAUAUUUACGAUAAAGCAAUGCUUGUGUAGAAAGCUUUAUACUAACCUCACUGCAAGCUGAUGUGCUGUAAAAAUUUAUCCAUAACUCUCAUCAUGGGACAAAUAGUUUCCUUGAUGAGGUAAGGAAGGAAUUUUUUGUGCAGGGACAGAGAUAAAUGAAGAAGAGUGAGCGAAAGAUCAGAACUGUGCUGCAUUAAGUGUUUGCUUGUCCUGCCAGGUCCUUGAUGGAGGCAGACAUUGAUAUCUCCACCAUCAACAUGUCAUCUAUAAAUAGAUCUUUAUAACUUUUUUUUUACACAUUAAAAAUAUGCAUAAAAUAUUUUUUGGAAUGUAGUUGCACAAUUCUGUUAUGUAUUAAUUAAGGAGAUAAGAUUUUAUGAUAUACAGUAUUUACAACUCGACAAUUUAUAGGUGUAGUGUGCAAGCAAACAUUUUGUGCUAACUUCUGGUGCUGCGGUAUCUGCUUGCACCACUAUUAUGGUUCCUGUGUUUAAUCAGUUUUUUCUUGUGUUCUACAAAUGCUAAGUUAUAAUUUUUUUUUUAUGUUGAGAAACCUCUCAUAGUAGGUUGUAUUUAUUGGGAUAUUUAUUAUAUAUUUAUUGUAAACUUAGCCGUGUGUGUGAAGGCGUACCCAUGGGCGCGUUCAGUGGGGCCAAUACCCAUGAGAAAGCAUUCCCUGUGAUAAAUUCUUUUGUCUCAUACAGCGACUUGUCCUGUAAGUACUGUGCCUCCUAGAGGGCUACAGGUCCUGCUCACAUGUAUAACUACUGCAUACUUCAUGUUAUGUACAUGUGUUGUAGUAAUAAGGUGGUGUAUACAAAUGCAAAUCAUCAGUUUAAAGAAUCUAAUUAAAAUCUAGUGACUGUAGGAACAGUAAUUUUACUGUACUGAUGGGUUGAUGCAAUAAACUUGUGCUUCUCCGUGGGAGUACGUACACGAGACAGCAGUAAUGUGCCUUGCUAUUUUUAUACAAUGGUGUAGCGAGCAUUUGUGCCUUAUAUUUGUGCAGUAAAAACUAGUACAGA